AAAAACUAAAUACAAAUAAAUAAAUAGCGGAACUAGAGUUCACAUAUCACACUUCAACCCGGAAAAAACUUUGAAACGGACAAAUAAGCGAAGGCUUUCAGGAUUUUCAUUCACCCCAGUAGGCUGAAAGCAGUUUACAUAGAAUAGCAAACAGGAAUCAAGAGGGGGUUGAAAAAAGACUAAGAUGUUUUAUCAUAUUUCGUUGGAACAUGAAAUCUUACUGCAUCCGAGGUAUUUUGGUCCUAAUUUACUCAACACUGUAAAACAGAAGCUUUUCACAGAAGUGGAGGGUACCUGUACGGGCAAGUAUGGUUUUGUCAUUGCAGUCACCACCAUUGACAACAUAGGGGCAGGUGUGAUCCAGCCUGGCAGAGGGUUUGUCCUCUAUCCUGUUAAGUACAAAGCUAUUGUGUUCCGCCCUUUCAAAGGAGAAGUGGUGGAUGCCGUGGUCACUCAAGUUAACAAGGUUGGAUUGUUCACAGAAAUAGGACCUAUGUCCUGCUUCAUCUCUCGCCAUUCCAUCCCAUCAGAAAUGGAAUUUGACCCCAAUUCUAAUCCACCGUGCUAUAAAACAGUUGAUGAGGACAUUGUCAUCCAGCAGGAUGAUGAGAUCCGGCUGAAGAUUGUUGGAACAAGAGUGGACAAGAAUGACAUUUUUGCCAUUGGAUCUCUGAUGGAUGAUUACCUGGGUCUUGUCAGCUGAUUGGUGUCUACGAGGGACGGUGGAACAUUUUAUGUCCUAACGUAGUUGGUUGAUAUUUUUUUACACUUACAGAUGUUGUAUGGUGACAGCCAUUGAAGCACCAUGUAUUUUUUUCUUAUGUAAUGUACAGCUUACAUUUCAUGAAGAUUAUUUUCUUGUUUGGUGUUACUCCAAAAGAAAUGUCAGGAUUAGGUAAAAAUGUCCAGCUUCUGAUAACAAAACCGAUUAAGGAUAGAGGUGGGGUUACAGGAUGUGGUUGGAGUUAGAUGGCGCUGGAAGUACUUGCCAAUAAUUUGUAGUUUCUUUUAGUGUAAUUUCACUCUGUGUUUUUUGUAUGUGGUUGGCAAUAAAGCAUUUUAUUUGUUUUUACUUUGUAUUCUUAACUGAAUCUCACCGGUCUGGUGAGGUCGUUUGUCUCUACGGUUUAAGUAAUUUUAAAUGGAAUGAUUUAACAAAGACUUUUAGAAAUGAGAUGUGGAUUUUACUUUGCCAUGCUCGUCGCGCAAAACGUAAACGCGGCAAACUCGUGGCCGCGCACGUCGUUUGGACGUAAAUACGUCAGAGACGCACGCCGUCGCUCUUUCUUUCUCUCGUCCUGAAGAUGGCGGCAGGGACUCUGUACACAUACCCAGAAAACUGGAGGGCCUUCAAGGCUCAAAUUGCAGCCCAGUACAGUGGUGCCCGCCUCAAAGUCUUCAGUAGCCCCCCUGCCUUCACCUUCGGGCAGACGAACCGCACUCCUGCCUUCCUUAAUAAUUUCCCUCUGGGCAAGGUACCUGCCUACCAGGGAGAUGACGGUUUCUGUCUGUUUGAGAGUAAUGCCAUUGCUCACUAUCUGAGCAAUGAUGCCCUGCGUGGUGCCACUCCUCAGGCAGCAGCCCAGGUGCUGCAGUGGGUGAGCUUUGCUGACUCGGAGAUCAUCCCUCCUGCCAGCGCCUGGGUCUUUCCCACUCUGGGGAUCAUGCAGUUCAACAAGCAGGCUACAGAGCAGGCUAAGGAGGAUGUGAAGAAGGUCCUCACGGUGCUGAACCAGCACCUGAACACCCGCACCUUCCUGGUGGGGGAGAGAGUCAGCCUGGCUGACAUUUCUGUCGCCUGCUCCAUGCUCUGGCUCUACAAACAGGUCCUGGAGCCAUCCUUCCGUCAGCCUUAUGCCAACGUGACCCGCUGGUUCGUCACCUGCGUCAAUCAGCCUCAGUUCAAGGUUGUUCUCGGGGAAGUCAAGCUGUGUGAGAAGAUGGCUCAGUUUGAUGCCAAAAAGUUUGGAGAGAUGCAGCCCAAGAAGGAGGCUCCUGCCAAGAAAGAGAAGGGGGGGAAAGAUGCAGCGAAGCCCCAGGAGAAGAAAGAAAAGAAAAAAGAGGAGAAAAAGCCAGCUCCAGAGGAGGAAAUGGAUGACUGUGAUGCUGUUCUGGCAUCAGAGCCCAAAGCCAAGGAUCCGUUUGCACACCUGCCAAAGAGCACAUUCAUCAUGGACGAAUUCAAGAGAAAGUAUUCCAACGAGGACACCCUGACAGUGGCCCUCCCCCAUUUCUGGGAGAACUUUGACCGCGAGGGCUAUUCGAUCUGGUAUGGUCAGUACAAAUACCCAGAGGAGCUCACGCUGACCUUCAAAAGCUGCAAUCUCAUCACAGGUAUGUUCCAGCGCCUGGACAAACUGAGGAAGAAUGCCUUUGCCAGCGUCAUCCUGUUUGGCACCAACAAUGACAGCAGCAUCUCCGGUAUCUGGAUCUUCAGAGGCCAGGACCUGGCCUUCACUCUGUCCGAAGACUGGCAGAUUGAUUACGAAUCCUACGACUGGCGCAAGCUGGAUGCAAACAGUGAGGAGUGCAAGACCAUGGUAAAGGAGUACUUUGCAUGGGAAGGAGACUUCAAGCAUGUCGGCAAAUCGUUCAACCAGGGCAAAAUCUUCAAGUGAGAGGACUACAAGGCACUCUGCGCUCCCUCUCUACAACACUUACAACAAAGGACUUUCAGCCACAUGUGCUUACUUUGCUGCAAAAAUGACUUUGAAUGAUGGUGUUUGAAGACAAGUAUUUUGUUUCUGUGGCCCUCAAACUGGUUUUCUGAUGUUUGACAUGCAAAAUAAAGAAUUUCCCUCAACGCCGGUAAGGAGAAUUGAACCGUCUCUGAAAGUUUUCUUUUUGUCAAAUGUCAACAGGACAUCUGCAGAGAAAUAUAAACCAUUUAAUGCCA